CCAUGAUGUGAUCGUCUUCUUCCUCCACUCCAAAAUCCUCCUGUUAUUUUACCCUCAAAAUGGUGCCAUAUUUAUCAAAACAAGUCCAAAAAAGAUUUCGCCCCAUCUUCGUCCAGAGAGAUGUCCAGUGAAAGAGGAAAGGAGAUAGCCGAGUUGGGGUCAUCCAGAUCUCCUAGCGACCAGCAGCCAGCAACACCGAGCCGAUAUGAGUCCCAGAAGCGGCGGGAUUGGAACACGUUCGGCCAUUAUCUGCGGAACCAGAGGCCACCGGUCCCGCUCUCGCAGUGCAAUUGCAACCAUGUCCUUGAGUUCCUCCGGUACCUCGAUCAAUUUGGGAAGACCAAGGUCCACUUGCAAGGGUGUGUGUUCUACGGGCAGCCCGAGCCACCUGCGCCGUGCACAUGCCCACUCCGCCAAGCUUGGGGCAGCUUGGAUGCGCUGAUCGGGAGGCUCCGGGCUGCCUACGAGGAGAAUGGUGGGUCGCCGGAGACGAACCCUUUUGCUAGCGGUGCAAUUAGGGUGUACCUUAGGGAGGUGAGGGAGUGCCAAGCCAAGGCAAGAGGAAUUCCAUACAAGAAGAAGAAGAAGGUCACUUCAGCACAAGGGAAGGGCGGUGAUGGAUCAAGUUCAACCAUGCAUUUCCAAGGUUAAGCGGCUCAUGCCAAUAAUAAUCAGAAGAUGUGAUAGAAAAUGGCAGGUUUUUGCGGUUUCCCACACUGCUUUUGCCUCCCGGUAGAGGGCCAAUGCAAUUUGAUGAUGUAAAUAAUCACCUUGGGGCUGCUGGUGCGUUUAAAUCCUCCUUAUUUUUUGCUUCACGUUCGAGUACUAUUACUAUGUCACAGCGAGCAACACUUGUUAGUAUAUGAUUGUGCUUCAUGCAGUCUUUUCUCUGUGUACUUCGACUCUUCGCUGAUAUCAAUAUAUAUCAUAUCUGCCUUA